CUUGGUUUCUCCCGCAGCCACCUGCUGCGCCCGGAGCCGCCCGCGUUGCCCCGGCCCUGUCCGUGGUGCUGCUGCCGGAUCGCGGAUCCUCGGAGCAUCCUGUUGCGCCGGAGCGUUUUACAGGAGGAGCUGAGCCCGAGGGACGAUGAGCUCCUCGCUCGGAACAAUGGCUGCGCUGCCGAGGCUGCUCUGCGCUUCUUCGGCCGCUUUGGUCGUUUGGGCUGGUUUUUGUUCUGCAGUAUGUGUUGAAGUUCCGUCAGAGACAGAGGCGGUCCAGGGGACGGACAUGAAGCUGCUCUGCAUCUCCUGCAUGAAAAGGGAAGAGGUCACAGCCAGCACAGUGGUGGAAUGGUUCUACAGGCCGGAAGGUGGCAAAGAUGAACCCAUCUACGAGCACAGGAAAAUGAAUCACGAAUUUCCAAGCCGCUUCAGUGGUCGGAUACAAUGGAAUGGGAGUAAAGACAUGCAGGAUGUAUCCAUCACUGUGUUAAAUGUCACUUUGAAUGAUUCGGGUAUCUACACCUGUAAUAUCACCCGGGAGUUUGAGUUUGAGAUUCACCGGCCUCUCUUCACAAGCUCCAGAUUGAUCCACCUCACCGUGGUGGAGGAGGCUGGAGAAGACUUCACCUCAGUCAUCUCUGAAAUCAUGAUGUACAUCCUGCUGGUCUUUCUCACCUUGUGGCUACUGAUAGAAAUGGUCUAUUGCUACAGGAAAGUCUCUAAGGCAGAGGAGGCUGCCCAGGAAAAUGCGACAGACUACCUUGCAAUUCCAUCAGAAAACAAGGAAAACUGUGCCGUGCCUGUAGAGGAAUAGCAGAGAGGUGUCUGCAGAGUGCACAGCACCGAGGGGCUCUGAAGACAGAAGGAUCACGUCAUGCCAGCCAGGUUUGAGGGGGAGCUCUACGCCAUCAGGAGGAAAUACGGGGAAGUGUAAAUUCUCUUCCAUUUGCCUUGGACUCUGUACAGCCUUGACUUUGGCCUCAUGACUCCAUUCUGAGCUGCCAGCCCAUUUGUUAAAGGACUCUCCUUUUGAAGCAUGCUGAGCAAAGGGCACAGGGGGUGUGGGCAGCACGGCUCCUUCCCAAGUUUCAGUUUCAUCAUCACGUUAAUGGCUUUGUAACUGUUAAUGUCAUUUCUUAGCUGCUAUCACCACCACCUUUAUUUGCAAAAUAUGCUAGUUCUCCAUUGCAGACAUAAAGGGUAUGUGUAUUGUUACUCUGACCUGCAGGAUUGGGAAUAUCUUCAUCUUAAGGUGAUGAUGUUCCACCACAGCCCAAGAUGUGACUAUAGGUGUUAAACAGGAAGAGUUUAAUUAGUGUAGCUGUUGCUCAGUAAGUUCCUUUGGACUCUGGGCUGCCAGGGUAGAUGCAGACUAGCAUGAGAACUAUAAAUGCAUUAAAACAGAUAAAAAUGUGUAGUAGGAAGAUGAGUCCCUGUGCUAUGGUCACACCUGCUUCUGAAGGAGGGAGCUGAGAAUAUAAAUCCUGAAGUACUCCUAAUUUGGGAGGCUGUAUAACGUAAGUAUAAGAAUCCCCUGUCCCCUCCCUUUCACUUAGCAAGAGUUGAAAUUCUUAGUUCCUUCCAUUUGCCUUGUGCAGCAGGUUUACUCCUCAAGCAUACAGAGACAAAGUGAUAGGAAUAACCUGUGGAGCCGUGUUCAGCAACCACAGGGGAGCCAGUAAGACAAGGUAUGCCUUUAACCUGUUUUUGGGGGAUGCUCUGAAAGGAAGACAGCUGGAUGCAAACAGGCAAGCAAAGGAACUAGGAUGCAUAGCCCUCUGAGUGGGACACGGCUUUGUAAAAUAAUCCUUGCAAUUGUGAUGGUCUUCUUAUACUAUAUUGCAGCACCACCUAGAGGAAUAGAAAGAAAAUCCUUAUUUUUUCCUAGUCUGUUGUAACUCUGUUUUGUGAUUAGUCACCAAUUUGAAUAGUCAGUAUUCAUUGUAAAUGACACAUUUCUGCGCAGGAAAUGCCCUGUAAAUUCAGUGGUACCUACGCGAAUCUAAAUCUUAGUGGCUUAAGCAGAGUGCCAUUAGUUUGCUGGCUUCAAAUGUAGAUCAGUUGAGCACAACCAUCAGGAUUAUGAGGGAAAAACAGGCAGAAACAUUGGCCAGGGUAGAGUUGUACUUUAGGAUGAAGUGGGGAAAGACUGAGGGUUUUUUCAUAUGGGAGAUGUUGUUACAUCCCUGCUGCAAUGGAGCCUUUAUUGCUUGCAAGAGCUGACAAAUUUUGCUACACCGACUGCUUCUAAGUACUACGAAGUGCUUGUGAAUCUCAAGGCAUGCUUUGUACAUACGGGAUUUCCCCUGCUUAAGUUCUGCUGCAGUUUGUGUUGCUAAAAAUCAUAGAAAUGUCUCCAUUUGUAAGUUAGGUCCAGGCCGGAUUUCUAACUGGCCAUUGUUCAAAAUUCCUUUUUUAAGAGCGAGUUUCAACUUCAGCCAGCUGUUACGAUGCAGUCCUCACAGAGCUGAGUCUGGCAACCUGAGCACAUUUUGCAGCUGAAUCACGCUUGUAGUCUGGGCACCUUAAACUCUAAUAUCCCCAAAUACCUCCUCUUCUCAUUCUGCUGGGUGUCUUCAUUUUCCCUAGGCCAUCUUGCCUGGCCUCAGGGCACUUGGGGGCAUAAUCCUAACUCUAGAUCCACAGCAACAGAGGAGCUGUCCCUGCAGUUUCCGUCGCUGAUCAUGGCACUAACACCCAGGGUGAUUUUUAGGUAAGGUCACUAAACCCCUCUCCCACUUCAGCCGUGUUCCUCCCAGCCCUUAUGAAGUGCUGAUAACUUUCUGAUGGUACAACGUUGAGCCAAAAGAAAACCGAAAAAAGGAGUGAACAGUUUCUUGAGAGCUGCCUCAGGUGGUAAAGAAGGGCUGUCCUGUAGUCCUGCACCUUGUGGUAUUUUACACACAUCUUCUUUAGAUGCUUUUUGGACACAUCUUUCACUUUUCCAAUUCCUGCAUAUGACUAUUGCCCUGUGUUGUCCUAAAUGGGAAAAUGGUGUCUAAAUUUUGCUCAGGAUUCCCACAGUGAAAAAAAAAAACAAAAAAGUUGCUUUAUUUCAAGGGCAGCAUUAAAGGCAGGUUAUGUCCUGGGAGAGAUGGUCCUGGUUGGGAUCUGAAGAGACCCUCUCUGUGUAUUUGGAAAUGAUAGCAAAGCCUAGAAGCAGGCAGGACAAUAAAAAGAACGAAGCACUCACAAGUCA